UAUCAUAUAUAUGUAUAUAUAUAUAUGUAUAUAAUAAGAUUUAUAAUAAUUAAUAAAUUUAAAAAACUACACACUUUCUUGUUAAGAUUUACUAAUCAAUUUUUUGACAUUUUUUCGCGCUAUAAAAGUCGCUACUUAUGGCACGUGACUAUAAUACUAGAACUUUAGUUAUCUAUAAAUGUAGAUGGCGUAAAGUGUAAAAAUAAAUGGAGCGAAUUUUCAUGGAUUUCAAAUAAGUCAACAAUUAUUUUUGUUCAAGUUUAAUACAGAAUUCAUUAAUUAAAAUAAAAAAUGUUACAGUAUUGCUGUGAUGCAAAAGAUAUCAAAAUAAUUGAUUUUGGUGAAGUUGAAAUGGGUAGAACGAUUAUCAAAUCAAUUAAGAUAAUGAAUGAAAGUUGUAAAGAACAAUUUUAUGAAGCACAAAGGGAUCCUGUAACAAAUCCUAUAGAUCACGUUUUUAAUUUAAAGUCAUAUACCUGGACUUUAUUACCUGAACAAUCUUUUUGUUGCGAAGUACAAUAUCGACCUGUUGUACCAUGUUCUAAAAAUGUGGAUUAUUUUAUUAUUACUGGUACCGCUUCUACAUAUAUAAAAAUUAUUGCUCAUGGAACUUGUAUUGGUCCUAAAAUUUCGUCAUCAGUAAAUAAAAUUAUAUUAAAGUGUUCAAAAAAACAUACACAAGUGAAAAAACAAAUAAAACUUUUAAAUCAUUCAAAAGUAAAAGCGGCAUUUAUAUUUGAUAUUGAUAUAGAACAUAGACAUUUUAAAUUAGAUAUCAGACAAGGCAUACUUAAUCCUUGUGAUUAUAAAUAUAUAACAAUAACUUUUAUACCAACUAAAGAAGGAGUUUAUGUAUAUCAUUUACCUUGUUUAAUAUUGUAUCAGAGUCCUAUUAUUAUAAAAUUAUAUGGAUUUUGUAUACCAAUUCAUCAGCAAUCUCAGAUUAAUUUAGAGUCACAUGAAUUUAGUUCACAAGUACAAAAUGGUUUUGAAGAAUAUAUGAGUGAUAGUAUUAACAUAAAAAAAGAAAAUUUAGAACUAGUAUCUUUAUCUAAAAAUUAUUUUGACUGUAGUCAAGUAGAUACAAAAAAUAAAAUAAAUAGAGCUCACCAAACUGUUUGUUUCACGAAUCAUAGUGAAACAAAUUUAGUACUCAAAUGGGAUCAAGAUGUUACUGGAGUUUUUAAAAUAGAACCAUGCAUUGCAAAAAUAUGUCCAAAUCAUUCUGCUUUGUUUGAAAUUAUUUUUCAACCUAAUGAAGAAAACAAUUUAUAUACAAAGCAAUUCAUUGGAUAUUUUUUUGAUGAUGAUGCAAAAAGUGAAGAAGAAGAAGAAGAAAACAAAAUUUUUGCAAUUCCUUCCUUUACAUGUAUACGAGUAAUAGGGCAUUCCUUUCCUACUAGUUCUGCAGGAUGGAUUCCUCAGUAUGAAUUACCAUCAACAAUUGUACUACCACCAUGUAUUCCACCAUUACCAGUAUAUACAACAUUUCUAAUUAAGAAAUUUGGCCAUUUGCCUUUAAUGUUUCACUUUCUGCCACCAGCAGAUAGCCAUUUUGUUGUUAAACCAAUGUUGGGAAUUAUUUAUGAGGAUUAUCAGGUGGUGGUAGUUCAAAUGUGUCCUGAAGUUAUGGGAGAACAUCUAUAUAUGGAACAAUGGGCCAUAUGUUUUAAUGGAAAUCCGAAGAACAAAGAUUAUAUUAGUUUUAAAGGAUAUACAGAAUAUGCAAAUAUUAGUUUUAAUAAGAGUACAAUAACAUUUGCUACAGUACAUUUAGAUACUCAGCAAAAAGAACAAAUACUUAUAAGAAACCUUACUCGUCACAUCAUUAUGUACCAAUUUUUGAAUGUACCAUCACAAUUGAUUAUUCCACAUUUAAAGGGUCAAAUCUAUGCUAAUGAUAUCCAUUCUCAUGAAUGGGUGUUUCACCCUACAGAAUGUGGAGAAUAUAAUUUUGAUAUUAAAUGUGUUCUGAUGGCUAUACAAAAUGAUUUACCUGCUGGAACAGAAGUUAGCAUAACAUUACAUGUUACUGGGAAAUGUGAAGCUGGUUUACUUCUGGCAAUACCUAAUGAAUUAAAUUUUGAUGUACAACUAUAUGGAAACAAAAAAACUAAGAGUUUUUAUGUUUAUAACUUUAGUUCCGUCAAUAUACCUUUCAAGAUAAUAUGUUGCCAUCUCUCUUGGCCUGUAGGAUGUAUAAAACGCGAUGUAAAAAUAUAUCCACUUUCUGAAACUGUUCUUCCAGGAAAGUCAAAAAAAAUCACCGUAUCUAUUACUCCAUACACACCAGGAUUUUAUGAAAUAGCAAUUAAAUAUAUAGUAAGAAUAAAUUCUUGGACGGAUAACAUUAGUUACAUGCAAUUAUCUCGAAAAAUAUGCAAUAUUUAUUGUAUGUGUGAAUUGCCCAGUUUAAAGAUCGAAGAUGUACACUUUCAUGGAGUUUGCUCAUUAAUAUCUAAAAUUAAUUUAUGGAAAAUAAUAGAAGUAGAUAGAUUGAAUAUUACUUUGAAAAAUAUAUUGCCAUAUGAGAAGGAAUCACAAUACAUAUUUUUCCCACCAAUGAUACUACAUGAAAAUCCUAUAUGUAUAAAAUUAUGUAUAUCUAAUCCAACAUCAGUGAAUACUACAUGGAAUAUUAAAAGAAUGCAAUUAUGCUUUUGCAAAACAAUAAGUAAAUCGCGAGGUCUUUCAUUUCGAUAUAUGGAAUUAGAUUGUGUUCACAAGAAAGUAUGUUCUAUUUAUCCACAAUCAGGAUUUAUAAAGCCAAAAGAAAAAAUUGUCAUUAAUAUAGAAUUACGUUAUUUACUAUUGGGAAAAACUAGAGUAAAAUGGGAUUUAAAUAUUGGCCAUGAACGCCAUAUUUUUUUGUAUAUGCAAGUUGAAGCUUUAUCUGGAUCUGAAAAAGAACUUUUACUUUAUCCACAAACUGUAAAAUUGGACUCUUAUUUUGGCAAUAAGAAAGCUCAACAUCAGAUAUGUUGGAUUUAUAAUUAUACAAAUAACUAUUUACCAUAUACUGUGGAUAUUACUAAUCUACAUAAAAUAAAUCAAAUCUAUCAUUCAGAAAUACUUGCAUGUUUGAAUCCAAAUGGUAUUGUAGAACCACAAUCUCUUACACCUCUUAUUUUGAAAUAUCAUCUUAAACAAUUUAGAGCAAUUCAGGCAUAUCUUUCUAUCACUUUUGGCGAUAAAAAAACAGAAUUAUUUAUAAGUAGCCAACCUUCUAUUGUAUAUCCACCUAGAAUGAUAAAAGAAAUUCUACCUAAUUUUGAUGCUUUUAAAAUUAAAGAAUUACCAAUAUAUUUUUCAACCGACUAUAUACACUUCUACACAAGUAUACACAAUUGUUCUGUUAAGAUGUUUAUGAUGUAUAAUACUUCAAACCAUGAUAGAUUUGCCUAUACAUGGAAAAGUAACAGUGUACCAGGAUUAUGGAAUAUAGAAAUUUAUCCCAAAGAAGGUGUUAUACGACCUAAAAAAAUGCAAAGUUGUCGUAUAAUAAUUAAUGUGAAAAGUUUAACUUGCCAAAUAAAUAUUAAUGUAAUUUGUGAAUUUCUCAAUAUUAGCCAAAGACGAAUGAUUCAAAGGAGUAUUUAUAAAUAUAAUGAGAUAUGUAAAAAACUGGAGUCAGAAUUUAUUUUUACAGAAAAAGGUGAACAGUUUCCAAAAUUACCAUCAAAACCAAAAAAAAAGCCUGACAUAUUUUGUAAAACAUUGUCCAUACAUUGUAAUAUAUACAACCCAGAAGAUAUUCUUUUAAGAACUAAAUUAAUAGAAGAAUUAAAAAUGGUUCCAACAGAUGAACUUCAGAUACAAAACAAUAUAAAAUCCUCUGACAAUUAUGAACAUACUAAAAUGAUGUUAUUCAUUUUAGAAGGAAUGACAUGGGAUAUUCUUAAUAGUAGAAUAUUUAAGCAUACAAUUCAAGAAUAUGUACUUAAUGGACCACACUUGUAUUAUUCUCAAUUUUUCACAAAUCCAUUGGAAAGUGAAAAAUUAAUAAUGAAAUCAUAUAUAGCACCGCCACGAAAGUUGAUUGCAACUAUAUUAGAAAAAAUGCUGUUUUUUAUAAUACUCAAAGAAUUUCACUUGGAAAUUGGACAUUUAUUUAAACAAGAAGAUAUCAGGCACUUAAAUUUUACACAUUUCGCAUACAUAUUGCAAACGUAUAAUAAAGAUAAGGAUAAUUUUCAUGAUAGCUUUAGAGAUUGACAUAAAAUUCUUUUGUGAAUU